AUGGAUGCUCUCGCCGUCGAAGAACUUCUUCGACUCGUAUUUCAGUACUGUGACCGGCGCGACAAUUUCUCCAAUGCGCUUGUUUCGAAGACCUGGUCUAGGGAAGCUUUGAGUGCUCUCUGGAAACAUCUCAACUCGAUGGAUCCCUUGUUGAGCCUUCUGGCUCCGUUGGUGAAGGAGAGAGAGGACGUAACAUAUGCAUUCGAGCGCCCUCUUUGGUCCCACGAUUGGACCGUCUUUCUAAAAUACUCCUGGCGUGUGCACAGCAUAUCCUUUCCCCUUGCAGGCACCAAACUAUACUCCCACUCCGUUUUCACCGAAAUCGCAUUAAACAAGCCUCAGGGCGACCUUAUCCCCAAUUUGCGGAACCUCGUUUGCCAGCCCUAUAGCCUACGCGAUUUCAUACCGUUACUCCUCAACCGACGUCUCGUCGAUCUAACCAUUGCUGGUAUCACUGGGACGAGCCUCCCGAAAGCAAAAUCACUUCUGUCUUAUCUCCCCGUCAGAUGCCCAAUGCUCAGCCGCCUGGAUCUGUGGAUAACACAAUAUGAAUAUAAAGAGAUCGGUUUAGAUAAGCUCCUGACUCCCCUCUCUCGGUUGACCGAGCUUGAAAUCGCACCCGCGGUGCUUACGCCACGUGUCAUGCACACUCUUGCAUGCUUACCGCGCCUACAACAUAUCCGAUCCACCCAUAGAUGGCCAGUCCGUAGUCAAAACCAACUUUCACGUCCGCCCGUGGACACAAGCGAACGGUUUACGUCGCUCAGGUUGCUUGAAAUAUCUACCGACAAUGUCCCGCCGUUCCUAGAAACAUACAAACUCAACAACCUACGCAAACUCGUACUUGAGCCAGACACCCGGCAGACCCGAGAACAUCACUUUCGUUUUUUCGAGAUCAUAAGCUCGUGCUGCCCACAGAUCGAGACCCUGAGACUGAAACAUUGUAGGAAUGGUUCUGAGUACGAGAAGAUACCACUGGCUACAUGGGAGUCAUUCGCGCCCCUCCGCCACCUUACUCGCUUGACGGACCUCUCCCUCAUUGAUUUACCAAUGACCACCUCAGCCUUGUUUUACCUUGCCGAGAAUCUUCCCUCUUUGACGCACCUCGCUCUUCGGCGGUCGAGCACCAUCGACGGUACCCCCGCUUUCCCUAUCACUGUCUUACCACAGCUAGCUGUGAUACGCCCGCAGUUGGUAUAUUUGUGCCUUUGUUUGAAUACCUCUCUCCCUGCGUCGGCGCCGACCUUCGAAUACAACGAACGCUUCAGAUGCUUGGCUGAACUCAACGUUGGGCCAGUCGGCCUUCACUCCCCGGCCCCGGAGGUAGCGACCUAUUUGAGCGGCAUCCUUCCAGCGGGAUGCCGGCUUAGCCGAAUCUUGGACGGCUGGAGCGACGAUGGGGAGGAGCGUUGGGAUAGCUGGGAGCCUGUAAUAAAUACACUUCCUGCCUUGAUGGUCAACCAGAUGACCUCGCGGGAGGCCGGUUCUGCGUCGUAA